CAUAGCAUGAAAAAAUACUGACUGUUUUUGCCAAUACCAUCAAAUCCAUCGGCUCUGGGUAUAAACAAAAUUUCAACAAUGGCGAAUUUCAGACUAGGUGAAUAUGUUUAUCAAAAAGAAAUUCCAGUGGCCAAAAUUAAUAGACCAGUAUUCGAUGACGAAUUCCUUGCUAUGAAAGAGCAUUUUGAAAAUGAAAUGCGUAGAAUGGACCAGGAAAUAACUAGAUUCAGCACAAACCUGACGAACCUUUACAGCAUGGCAUCAUCACACUGUAGCCUAAACUCAUCACAGUCCCAAGUCCCCAAGGUGCAGCUCUCCAAUGAAAGGGACCUCCUAAAAAACAGUCCUCUAGUAGUUGGCGAAGGUGAAGAUAAGAAACUCAAGUUACAAUUUGACCUCAGCCAAUUCGAUCCUUCGGAGGUAAAAGUAACAAUAGUUGAUGAUAUACUCAUGGUGGAAGCGACUCAUAUAGAGAAAACUCCGAGUAUUACAAUAUAUAGAGAGUACGCGAGAGAAGUGCAGCUCCCGAAAGGCCUGGACCCUGACGCAAUAUAUUCCAAUCUAUCAAGAGACGGAGUACUAACAGUGCAAGCGUCAUUGUCACAAGCACAGAGAUACCCAGAGAUUGAAGAGCCGAGAAGAGAAAUCAAGAUGAAUAAGGAAUCCGGAGUUUGUACCAGAGUUGAUGUGGGAAUUUAAAUAGAAGAACUAUUUGACAUUGAAUUAAACAUAACCGGAAAUAGUAUACAGACUUGAGUAUUUUAAAAUCGGGUAUUAAA